GGUUGGUCCAUGAGAUAUAAUCCAUCCCCACAAAGCUUUUAACCUCCAUUGCUGUGUACAUCCUCUUGCUUUCUUUCUCUCACAUCCUUAUCUCUGCCAAGAAAAUCUUUAUCUUCGACGCCCUUGUACUUUCAUCUCGUUUCUCAUCCCUGAAAGACCCACAACAAUCAACUCUCUCGCGCUCUCUGUCUUCUCAUGGAUGUCGACAUGAUCAAAUUGUCACCAGAAGAUCACAUGGACAUCAUGAAGAUAUUGAUGCAGCCCGAAAAGUAUCCCGACCUCUACGACACCUCGCAUCACGACCUGUCCGAACACUCCGGUUCGACCGGCCUGGGGGCGGGGAGUUACCUGCCGCCGCUCCACCAACGAAGCCCUGUUGCGCCGAUAUCUCAAAGUCCCGCAACCAUCCCGUUCAUUGGCAACCACCCGGUUCAUGACCCAGCCUCCGCCCCACUGCUGGCCAAUUUUUACAAGAGCGGAGGUGGCCCGGUGCCGGCGGGCGGGUCGAUGGGUGUGUAUAUGUCCGGCAAUUCAUUACAUGAGAAGAGGAAUUCGAUGGCGGCGAUGAGGGAGAUGAUAUUCCGGAUAGCGGCGAUGCAGCCAAUCCACAUCGAUCAGGAGUCAAUUAAGCCGCCCAAGCGGAGGAACGUGAAGAUAUCGAAGGACCCCCAAAGCGUGGCGGCACGGCACCGGAGGGAGAGGAUCAGCGAGAGGAUAAGGAUACUCCAGAGACUCGUCCCAGGUGGCACGAAGAUGGACACGGCCUCGAUGCUGGACGAGGCGAUUCACUACGUCAAGUUCUUGAAGAAGCAAGUGCAGUGUCUAGAGGAGGCUGCCGUGAGCAACACGGGUAAGCGAAUGGGCAUUGGCUUUCCAGUUUCGCCGGAGGCGGCGGCGGCGGCGGCGACAGCAAUGGGGAAUUUGAAUUAUUCACAUUUAGGGAAGGAUUUCCAGAGUGGGCAAGUGGUGGGGUCAAUGCAGAUAUUUGGAUGAUAACUUCAUAUGCGUUAUCUUUUCUCAUCCCCUCUUUUUGCCCUUUUUUCUUAAUAGUUAGCGAUGAAUGGUGAUGUUCUUCAAAACGAUUGUGAUGAGUGGAGUGUUACCCUUCUUCCUGCAAAGUAAUCAGACAAUUAUGCUUUGAUAAAUCUAUUUUGUAUCAAACAGAUAAAAGAACCUUUCACACUCUUGCAUCCUUUGCCAGAAGAUGUCUCGUUGGCCAGCCAAAACAAAGAUGGGAAAAUGAUUACGCAUGAAUGAUUUUGUUGUAUGUAUGUGGUUUGUACUCUAUA